AUGGAAACACAUCACAAGAAAAGCAUGAGGCAACACUGUGCUCUCAAACAUGGAAUAUUCAAGGAAUUCCUGGCAGAAUUCCUGGGGACGUUUGUCUUGGUUUUGUUCGGCUGUGGCUCAGUCGCUCAAACUGUCCUCAGUCGAAACACCCUGGGUGAGCCUCUCACCGUCCACAUCGGCUUCUCUGUAGGUCUGAUGAUGGCAGCCUAUGUGGCUGGUGGAGUUUCAGGGGGCCAUGUGAACCCUGCUGUCUCUCUGGCCAUGGUGAUUCUGGGCAAACUGAAGAUUUGGAAGUUUCCCUUCUACGUCAUCGCUCAGUUUCUUGGUGCUUUUGCUGGAGCUGCUGCAGUCUUUGGAUUAUACUAUGAUGCUUUCAUGGACUUCACCAGCGGGAUUCUGUCAGUGACAGGAAUCAAUGCAACAGGUCACAUUUUUGCUUCCUACCCUGCGAGACACCUGUCAGUCCUCGGCGGCUUCAUUGAUCAGGUGGUGGGGACAGGUAUGCUGGUUCUGUGCAUCCUGGCUGUCAUCGAUGGUGGAAACAUUGGAGCUCCUAAAGGCGUGGAGCCGCUGGCCAUCGGGCUGAUCAUCAUGGCCAUCGGUGUGUCCAUGGGACUGAACUGUGGUUACCCCCUGAAUCCUGCCAGAGACCUGGGACCCCGACUGUUCACAGCUGUAGCAGGAUGGGGGAUGGAGGUUUUUAGCACUGCAGACUACUGGUGGUGGAUCCCCGUGGCGGGCCCCAUGGUGGGUGGGGUCGUCGCGGCCGUCAUCUACUACUUGCUCAUCGAGAUGCACCACCACCACAGUGAGCCUGAGAAGCCCCAUGAGGAGGAGGAGGAGGAGGAAGACGAGGAGGACGAGGACAGCAGUCUGAAGGACAAAUAUGAGAUGAUCACCAUGAGCUAA